GGGCUUGUAUUUUGGUCUGACGGUGUGGCGUCAUAAGGGUGCGCCGCGCUCCGGUGUCCGUGAUUCGGCUGAAGAAAGAUGCUCGAGCCGGUCUGUCUGUCUGUGUGGCGUCACACGGACGCGCGCCGCUGAUUGACGCGCGCGUGUUUUACCUCAGACCCGUGUUUCACCUCAGACCCGUGUUUCCACGCUGGAGGAGAAUGGCCCCAAAGCGACUGUGGUGCGCGGUUGUUGGGUGUAAUAACGAAACGAGCAGUCGUCACUUAGUCCCGACCUCCGAGCCGCUGAAGACGCAGUGGCUGAAUUUCGUUUUUAAAGGGAACGUGCCCCCGGACCUGCCUAAAUGCGUUCAUGUUUGCGCGAAUCAUUUCUCACCAGACUGCUUUGUAAACGAGGGUCAGUAUAAAGCAGGCUUUGCUAAGAAGCUGCUCCUGAGAAAUGGAUCGGUGCCAACUAUUCGUGUUCCUGCUGCACCUCCAGAAGAAUCAAGCACAUCUGAAGAGUUGUCCAAGGUGCAACAUGUGGCCUGCCAGAUGGACGCACCACAAUGUGGCUCCCAGCUGUCAAUAAAAACUCUAUAUCCGCUCUACAGAAGCACAGGCACACAGACAACUAUGUUAUGCCCAGAUAUUGGUGUUGGCUCCUCAAAUCCACUGCGAUUGUCAACACCAAUAAAGAGGCCAAAUAAGAGAUCUCGCUCGGAGCUAGAGGAGGACCCUUCUGGAGCCAGCUCAAGUAUGAAUGUGGAAGAGCCUAUGGAUCCGGCUGACUCUGUCACAGCUUCCACUGAGCCAACCGAUGUGACAACUGAAUCUUCAAAGCCGGCUCAUAAGACAGCAGCGUACAUCGUUUAUGAAAACUGCCUGCUGCAGCUCUUUGAGCAGUGCCCUGUGUGUCAAGGUGUUGCCAGUGUGCGGAGAAAAAGGGUUGGCACAUUCCUCGCUGUGGAGCAACGCUGCCCGCACUGUGACUUCUUCAGGAAAUGGAAUAGUCAGCCAGUUGUAGGAAGCACUCCUGCAGGGAACCUCCAGCUUUCUGUUGCAGUGUAUGCCACUGGUGCCUCUUUCUUCAAACUCGAAAAGUUAUUCCGGGCGAUGCAACUGAAAAUGAUCCACUACGGCACCUUUCGAAGUCAUGCCCGGAGGUUCAUAGAGCCUGCGAUUGUACAUAGCUGGAAGACAGCACAGGAUGGCAUGUUGCAGCAGCUCAGACAGAAGCAGAACAUUGUCCUUGGCGGUGACUUUAGGGCAUAUUCACCAGCCAAGUUUGGCAGUUACUCUGUGAUGGACCUAAGGACCAGCACUAUUAUUGAUCUGCAGCUAGUUCAGAGUAAUGAAGUUGGAGGGAGCAAUAACAUGGAGAAAGAGGGUCUGAGGAGGAGCCUUGAUCUCUUGAGGGCACACUGUGUGACUUUUGACAGCAUUGUUACAGACCGGCACCCUCAAAUACAAAAAUACCUGCGGGAGGCCAACAUCACACAGUAUAACGAUGUAUGGCACAUAGAAAAAGGAGUGUCCAAGAAACUGCUGAGGAUUGCUCAGAGCAAAGACAGUGAAAAACUGCAGAAGUGGCUUCGCAGUAUAAAAAACCACAUAUAUUGGACAGCGACGACUUCUUCCUCGGGGCAAGAGCGAGUCGCAAAGUGGACUUCAAUUCUUAAUCAUGUCCAAGACAUGCACACACAUGAAGAUCCUGUAUUCCCACGGUGUUUGCAUCCACAACGCACUUCAAGGGACAAGAGCAAGUGGUUGAGAGCUGGGACACCUGCCUUCUGUCGAUUAGAGAAGGUCCUCACAAACAAGAGGAUUCUGAAGGACGUUGAGAAGCUGAGCCCUCACCAUCAGACCUCAUCACUGGAGGCGUUCCGCAGCGUAAUUCUGCACUUUGUGCCAAAGAAUGUUGUCUUUUCUUUUCUUGGAAUGUUAUGCAGACUCUACCUGGCAGCCCUACAUUUUAAUGAGAAUGCUGGGCGUCCCCAGGCCACAACAGCAGCUGGGGAGCCACUAUUUAAGGUGGUUUUUCCAAAAUGCAAGAAAGGACAAUGCUCUGCAAAGCCAGUGAAAGCAGAUCCAACCUUCCACUACAUGGAUAACCUGUUGGACCUUAUCUUUGAGAAAGUUGUUGUGGACCCAACCCCAUAUAUGGACAAUAUCCUUAAGAUCUCCAAACCUGAGAAUCUUACAUCCCAGUUUGAGAAACCAGACAAACUGGAAGUGAUAGCCAGCUAUGUGUCUAGGUUCAAUCAAGGGCAGGUCUGAACCCCACAUACCUUCCCUGAGCAUCAGGGAACUCAUCAGGGUCACACCACCCUGAUUCUCCAUCCCAGAAAGCCCCAACACUGGCUGACGAAGCUUCUGUUGGACAAAAACCUGUAACAGCUGAGACAAAUAAACAAUUAUUUUUUGGGAAAAGUAAUCUAGUCUAAUCAUUACUUUAUUCUUUUCUUUUUUUUUUUUAUUUGCAACUUGAUGUUUGUCUUUAGACGAUCAGUUUUGCUGUUCUGUGGAAUAACUGAUUAAAAACCUCUGUGGUAUUCAGUAA